UCUUUUCAUUGAUUUAACACAAUUUUGUACUGCAGUCGAAACUGCACGUACAUUGUACACUGUACAGAUAACAAGGAAGAUUCUCGUGUAUCAUAAUUGACCUGUAUCUAUAGUCAUAAACGUACUGAACUUAAACACCUAAACAUGAAUUACCUUUCAACUUUCAAACUAGGAAUCAAUACCAGAAACCCCCGAAGAAAGACUCACCAUGCAGGCCGGGUCACUGCUGAGGUAACAUCAAAUACCAACUUUGCAUAUGUUAUCCCUAACCUUCUGACUAAUACACCCCUGGCUACCAUCUCGGUUGAUGUUGGGGGAGGAACUAAUUAUAAGAAGUAUGCUACUAGCGUUAGCACUGAAAAUGCCAGCAUUUCAAUCUCUGCAGAAGGAGGGCAACCAAGUUCAGUGUCAAAUCAAGGAUAUGGAAAAUUCUCCACAAAGGUUACGGGUGUUAACACGAGCAUAUCUGUGGUUGGUGAAGGGGGUGGGGAUGGAUCUGGUUCUGGAUUUGGUAAGCUGGAAGCUGAUUUAAUUCUUAAUGAUACAAGCAUAUCAAUUCUUGGGGAGGGUGGAGGAAGCGCUGGAGAGUCUGGAUAUGGAACAUUCUCAACAGAUGUCAUCACGGCCGACGGUAGUUUAUCUAUCUCCGGAGAGGGGUCAGGAAGUUCACGGGAACAGAGUAGUUCUGGUGCUGGAAAAUACACUGUAGGUGUGACAGCCUUCAAUAAUAGUUUUACAAUCUCCUCUGAGAGCUCAGCCACCAGUGAUGGUCCUGGAGCCGGAACUGCGAAAGUAGUAAGUGGAGUCUCAGUAAAUGACAGAAGUGUUACAGUUACUGGCGAGGGUUCCGGAAAUUUUGAUGAUGGCACCGGAUUCGGUAAACUCGUGACCGAUGUGAUCGUAAAUGAGACGAGUCUCUUGCUAUCAGCUGAGGGUGGUAAUGAGUAUGGUAAAGUUGUGGCUGAUAUAUUAUCUGGAGACCACGGGGCAUCAGUAGAGGUUGAGGCCGGAUCUUCAUAUGGUAAAAUAGAUGGUACUGCGCAGACUGCAAACGGAAGCCUGGAUUAUUCAGGAGGUGCAGGGUUGGAUUCAGAAGGACUAGGUUUCUUCAAUGCAGCGUACAAGAUGCUGCAUGAGGGGCUGAAUGCUUCUAUAAAUAGCAAUGCAAGUAUUGAUGCUAGUUCAAUUGGCAGUUCAGGAUUCAAUGUUCUGAAUUCUUUUGGAUUUGAAUACUUAACUUUAGAGGAAUCAAGCUCAACCACGGAUCAGACUAAUUCGUCUAAACCAAGAUUGUUUCAUUGGUUUGCUGGACCACCAAGAUUUUUCCUCAAAUCUCGGAAACACCGUCAAAAACUUCAGAAAUUAAUCUACUUGUCAGACAGUAUUGAAGAUAUUGCAAAUAGGACUUUUUGCACAUCACUAGACUGCAUAGCAAAGGGGUUAAUCAAUGCAUCAAGCUUUUCCAGCGCCUUCAAUCUAGAUGAAACAAAGCCAAACACCACAGAGGUUCAAGUCGAGGUUGGAGGUCGGAAUCUAGGCUUACAAGAAGGAGAAGUCCGAGUAGUUGAUAUAUUGUUCCCAACCGGUACUAUUCUAGAUCUAUUCUUCCUACCGGUCAACUUAUUGAAGAACCUGUUCUAUGCUGUAGGAUGGGUCAUUCUAUCCUACAUUGACUGCACAAGCCUUUCACAUUAUUCACCAUACUGCUUUCUCGAUGCUCUCCAUAAUAAUGAGUGAUGCUAAAUAUUUAAUUUUUAAAUUAUUUUAUUAUUGAGUAUUGAUUAUGUUAACAAGAAAAGUGAAUAAACAAACAGAUUAUAAGGGCCC